AUGGCUGCUGCCAACCUCAACCCCAAGAAGCCAAACUCCAGCUCAAGCUCUGAUGGGAGCGACCUGGACCCACUGUGGCAGAACCUCGACUGGGCUGUUGGGCAGAUGCUGAUUAUGGGCUGGGAUGGCACUGAAGUUACCCCUCAGAUCAAAAGUCUUAUUGAAGAUCACCAUCUUGGGUCCAUUAUUCUCACGGCUAAGAAUUUGAAAUCUGCCCAAGAGACUGCCAAGCUCGUCCAGGAAUUACAGACCAUAGCCAAGAAUGCCGGCCAUCCUCAACCACUUCUCAUCGCUGUGGAUCAGGAAAAUGGAGGUGUCAACAGUCUUUUUGACGAAGACUAUGUCUGCCAAUUUCCAAGCGCCAUGGGCAUUGCCGCCACUGGACGCGUCGAGUUGGCCUACGAAAUCUACAAGGCCACGGCUUCCGAGAUCUCAGCUUGCGGUGUCAAUCUCAUGCUUGGUCCCGUCUUGGAUGUUCUGAACAAUGCGAGGUACCAGCCGCUCGGUGUUCGUUCCACCGGGGACGACCCCCAGGAAGCCUCACAAUAUGGCCUUGCCGCAUUGAAUGGUAUUCGCGACGCCGGUAUUGCUGCCGCAGGAAAGCAUUUCCCUUCGUAUGGCAAUUUAGACUUUCAAGGCUCCAAUUCCGCUGUUCCAGUUAUUACCCAGACAUUGGAAGAGCUGAGCCUCAGUGCUCUGGUUCCAUUUCGAAAUGCGAUUGCAACUGGCAAGCUCGAUGCCAUGUUUGUUGGUGGAUGUGGUAUAUCAAACCCAUCUAUGAACGUUGGUCAUGCCUGUCUCUCCGACCAAGUUGUCGACGAUUUGCUCCGCAACGAGCUGGGGUUCAAAGGAGUUGCCAUCUCCGAAUGUCUGGAAAUGGAGGCGCUCAGUCAUGAUUUGGGCGUCCAGAACGGUGUGGUCAUGGCGGUCGAAGCGGGUUGUGAUCUUGUUUUGCUAUGCCGUGCUUAUGAUGUCCAGCUCGAAGCGAUCAAGGGUCUAAAGCUUGGUUACGAAAAUGGCAUCAUCACAAAAGAUCGCAUCUUCACAUCCAUCAGACGAGUUCAACACCUCAAGUCGACUUGUACUUCUUGGGCAAAGGCUCUCAAUCCUCCAGGCAUCUCACUUCUCUCUCAGCUGCACCCAUCGCACGUGUCGCUAUCUCGCCGAGCUUAUGAUGAAUCCAUUACAGUUAUUCGGGAUAAAGAGAAGAUGCUUCCUUUGUCCAGCUCCAUGCAUCCCGGAGAAGAGCUUUUAUUGCUUACGCCUCUUGUCAAGCCCUUACCUGCCUCGGCUAUGACCAAGAGCUUGCUUGAGUCUAAGAAGACAUGGUCGCAAGCCCCAACACAGCAUGAUUCCUGGGCACAUAAAGACCGCGAACGAAGUGCCAUAAUGAGCGGUGAAGGGGUGUUCCUUCAUGAAAACCUUAUCGCUAGGGCGUCUUGCAUCAUUAUCGUCACGGCCGAUGCCAACCGCAACAUGUACCAGGCAGGUUUUACAAAGCACGUGGACAUGAUGUGUUCGAUGCACCGCAGCAGGGGAAACAAGAAGCAGCUGAUUGUAGUUGCUGUGAGCUCCCCGUACGACUUCGCUAUGGACAAAUCGAUUGGCACGUAUAUUUGCACUUUUGACUUUACGGAAGAUGCCAUGUCUGCUUUGGUCCGUGUUCUCGUUGGCGAGAUUACCCCCAUUGGCAGCAUGCCCGGGACUCUUCGCAAGAGCAAAAAGGUUCUCAAAUCCCGACAGCACUGGCUCGUCGAAGAAUAUGACCGAGCUCGCGACUAUGGCGGCUUGGAGGAUUUGUUGAAAGCCGUUCACAGAGCUAGUGCGCCUGACCUUCAUUUCCUCAAAUCCACAAGAGCCGCUUCCAUGGAACUACACCUACCCAACAUCAAGGAGACUCACUUUGUAGUGAGGAACAGCAGCACGGGAGCUCUUUAUGGAUUUGUUGCUACAUACUUUAUUGCGGGCGUCGGUAUUAUUGGGGCUCUGCUGGUCGAUCCGAGCAAGCGAAACGUUUCUAUUGGGCGAUCUCUUCAUCGGCGAGCAUUGAAAAGCCUCAGCCAGCAGCGAGGUCUCAAGAAGGUCCAAGUCGGAAUGUCAUUUCCCGGGGUUUUCCUUGGGAUCCCUCUGGAUCCUGAAGCAAACACCGUCAAGGAGUGGUUCAGCAACAGCGGAUGGGACACACAGUUCCCUAGGCGUUUGACGAAUAUGAUCAUUCACGAUCUGCCAAAUUGGGUCGCCCCUGAAGGACUGUUGCAAAGCAUUCAGAGGGCCAACAUCAGCUUUGAUUUGAUUCAUGGCCUGGAAAACGCAGAAAGUGUACUGCAUCAUGUUCGUGCGAAUGCUAACCCAGAGGUUCUUGAGCUCUAUACGUAUGCGCUCUCAGAGAACAAAACAUGUGGUAUUGUCAGAGCCAAGGAUCCAUCUGGCAAUCUAAUUGGCACAGUCGUAAUUUGCCGACAAGGUAGUCCUCUGGUGACAUAUAUUCCACCUCUGCUCUCUGAUGGCGAGGAUGUUGGUGGCAUAAUUGCCCCAAUCGUGCCGUCGACGCCGCAGGCAACACUAGUACUGCAAGGUUUGGCUCUCAUGGGUGUUCGCCAAAGCAAGGGCCACAGAGCCUCCAAGGCCGUUUUGAGUUGGAUUGUGGACGAUGCGUUUGAGCCACUCGUAGCGAUGGGAUUUGAUAUACUGCAGGCAUUUGAGGAGAUUACAAACUCUCCCGAAGUGUGCCAGACGUGA